GUUUAUGGAGUGCAAUGAAGAAAGAUCAUCUUAGAAUGAUUAACCAAAUAAACUUGGAGGCUCAAAAAAAUAAAAGAAGAAAAAUGAAUAUGAUUAUCAUAGAAAAAAGAGAAGAGGGAUGGAUGGAUCAAAUAGUAAAAAGUCAGGACAAAGGUUCACUGAGGAGGAAGAUCGGCUGAUUCUUUAGUUAGUAUUGAAUAACGGUCCUAAAUUCUAAAAGAUUCACAGACAUUUUCCUGGGAAAACUUUGGCUAUGGUGAAGAAUCGAUAUUAUAAGCAUUUGCGCUUUAGAUGGGAAUUAUUAGGACAGUAUAACUAUUUUACAAUUAGAAAUUAUAAGCAUUUAAGUGUUCCAUAGGAAUAAUUAGAAACAUUGUGUGAGUAAUAGAAGAAAGUGAGCAAUAUUCUGAAUGCUGAGAAAGAUGAUCUAAUAACACAGAUAACUUCACGUACUACAUUACUAUCGAAUGCUCGUAUGUUAGUUGAAUACAUAGUUGAAUAAUUGUUAUGA